AUGAUACAUGGCUUGUCUGCUCUUCACCGAGCACAUGCACAUAACGCCACACUGCGAUUGCUGACGUCAGCCACUUGCCCCACGCGCUUGUACCAAGCACAACUUGCGCGCCGCCUGCAGACACAAGCAUGGGAACCAUUGCGCCCCCCAAACCCUGCCGACCUGCCCAAACCCAAGCAGCGCAAGAUCAAGCCCCCUUUUACCCGUCGAAAAUGGGUGCGCCGUCUCGCUGCUGUCUCUGCACUGCUCGGCGCAGGAUGGGCAGUUGACCGGCAAUUCAAUGCCUCGUCCAUCACUCGCAGUCUGCGCACAUUCAAAGUCGGCCUCUUGAUUGGAAUCGAUUACAAGAUCAACUUCCGUGCGCACCCACCGCUUGCAAAUAGCAUCGAGGAUCUCCAUGCCAGGAACGCGACUAGAAUCUUUGAUCUUCUGCGAUACAAUGGCGGGUUGUAUCUGAAGAUCGGCCAGGCCAUUGCUAUGCAGAGUGCUAUCCUCCCGCCGCAGUUCCAGAAGAUGUUUCAGCAAAUGUUUGACGAUGCGCCGCAGAACGAGUGGUGGGAGGUGGAGAAGGUCAUACGGGAAGACUUUGGCAAGAGCGUUGAGGAGGUUUUUGGCAUUGGCUUCACUAAACAAGAUGGCCGGGGUAUCAUGGAGAAGACUGCUCGAGCUAGUGCAAGCGUUGCCCAGGUCCAUUGGGCAAGGCUGACAGAUGGAAGAGAGGUAGCCAUUAAGAUCCAGAAGCGAGAGAUUGCACAGCAGGUCGGAUGGGAUCUAUGGGCUUUCAAGGUGGUCUCCAAAGUAUAUACAUGGUGGUUCGGAAUUCCCCUCUAUACCCUCGUGCCAUACAUAUCAGAGCGCCUAAUGCUCGAAACGGAUUUUGAAAACGAGGCAAACAACGCGGUAGAGAUGAAGACAUUGGUGUCUGGAGAGCCAAGACUCAAUGGACGAGUUUACAUACCCACUGUUUACCGCGAGCUUUCCAGCAAGCGAGUCAUGACAGCCGAGUGGAUAGAGGGGGUCAGAUUAUGGGAUAAGGAGGGAAUUACAAACAGCUGGAAAGGAGGAUGGCGUUGCGGCAGCCCAGGUGCAGGCGGCGAACAACUACCACCUAUCCCACAAGAUGCGCCAGUGGACACUCAUGCUCCAGAAGAUGCCACAAAGCAUGAUUUCUUCAAGCCGGAUCGCAGCUACUGGCGGGGCAAGGACGGCAAGGGCGGUCUAGGCGUUUCGCUGAAGACUACGAUGAAUACCAUUGUAGAUCUUUUUUCGGCGCAGAUGUUCUUAUGGGGCGCUGUACACUGUGACCCGCAUCCGGGUAACAUUUUCGUUCGCCGCCUCCCCAACGGACAACCCGAAGUCGUCCUCAUCGACCAUGGCCUGUACAUUCGCAUGGAUCCCAAGUUCCGCCUUCAAUAUGCUACAUUCUGGAAAUCACUAUUGGCUUUCGACAAUGACAAAAUCGAGGAGAUUGUUAGUAGCUGGGGUGUCAAACAUGCAGACAUUUUCGCCUCUGCAACGCUCAUGCGCCCGUACGAAGGCGGUGACAAGAGCGUAGCUAAAGUGCUCAAAGCCGAACGCAAGGGCAAAGACCAAGCCGAGCGCGCUUUUGAAAUGCAAGCCAAAGGACGCGAUGCCAUCAAGCUUAUUCUUGGCGACGAUGCCAAAUUCCCACGUGAACUUCUCUUCAUCGGGCGCAACCUACGUAUCGUUCAGGGUAACAACCAAUUUCUCGGCUCUCCAGUCAAUCGUAUCAAGAUCACUGGCUUAUGGGCUAGCAGAGCCCUAAUCGAGAGCAAGGAUCUGGAUGUGGGUGAACGGUUGAAGAACUGGAUUCAGCAUCUGCGCUUCCGUUGUGUAUUGGCGCUCAGCGAUGCAGUCUUCUUCUGGAGCAAGAUCAAGCAAUUGGUUGGCGUGGGUCGAGGCAUGGAAGAUGACAUUGAGGCGCAUAUGCGCGUUAUGGCCAAGGACUUUGGUGUUGAGUUGAACCACGGUGUGUUUGAGGGAUAG